UGAAAGCUGUGCGCACACGCACUCCUCACCUCACAGCAGAUGCGCUUGUGCGUCUUAGAAAACACGCCGCGUGUCACCCCCGCCGGGACAGAAUGAACGGCUACGGGUCCCCGUACCUGUACAUGGGGGCCCCGGUGUCUCAGCCGCGCGCUCCGCUGCAGAGGACCCCCAAGUGCGCGCGGUGCCGGAAUCACGGCGUGCUGUCGUGGCUCAAAGGUCACAAGCGCUACUGCCGCUUCAAAGACUGCACGUGCGAAAAGUGCAUCCUCAUCAUCGAGCGGCAGCGCGUCAUGGCUGCGCAGGUGGCGCUGCGGAGGCAGCAGGCCAACGAGAGUCUGGAGAGUCUGAUCCCGGAGAGCCUGCGAGUGCUGCCGGGCAUCAGCGUGGCCGGACCCGCGGAGGGGAGCCAAGGCGCCCCGCCGAGGACGGACGAGCUGGAGGUGCGGUGGAGCGGCGCGGAGGCGGUGCGCCCCGGAGCGCAAAACUGCGCAGAGAACGUAGAUGAGGCUCCUGACGACGUGUCGGCUGCUGAGAACGGAGGGAGCUCCAGCGAGAAGGAGCAGGACCCGGUCAGCUCCCCUGAAAGCUCCAAACCAAACUCCUGCUACACGCCGGAGCCCCCGGAGGCGCAGGGGGAGGAGAGCCGCUACGGCCUCUCCAAAGUCGGCGCCACAGACAAGGAGGCCAAAGCGGAGAGCCCGCAGAAGUUUCCCAUCAGCCCCGGGGAGCAGAGCGUGCUGAUCGAAGGCCUCGCGGGCUCCAUCAGUCUGCCGUUCAGCCUGCGGGCCAACCGGCCGCCGCUGGAGGUCCUCAAGAAGAUCUUCCCUGCGCACAAGCCCCCGGUCCUGGAGCUGAUCCUGCGGGGCUGCGGAGGAGAUCUGGUGGGAGCCAUCGAGGUGCUGCUCUCCAGCCGGAGCCCCGAUGGGAGCACACACACGCACGCCGAGCCGCACCCGGACUCCCUGGUGCUCCCAUCCAAUGGACACCUGUUCGAGCACACUCUGACCUCCUACCACCCCGCAGCCUCCUCCGCCAAGUGGUCCAUGGGCUCCGCUUUCCGCGUUCCCGAGUCUCUGCGCUUCACGUCCGACUCUGCUGCCAGCGUGGUGUCCCCCGGCCCGCUGGGUGUCCCCCUGCAGCACGCGUCCUUCCCGCAGCCCUCGCGCUACCCGCUCAUGCUGCGCAACUCGCUGACGCGCGGACACCAGGCCGGCCCGUUCGUGCACGGUGACGUCACUCUGUGGAACACUCUGCAGCAGCAGUACCAGCUCCGCUCGGCGGCCCAGUACGUGUCUCCUUUCUCCCCGGCAGCUCCGGGGGGCUCCGUGUUCCGCGCCUCCCCCAUCCUCCCGUCCAGACCCUCCGAGGAGCAGCGCGUCUCCAUCCAGGAGCAGGGCUGCGCGCUGGGGCCCAAAUCUGACCUCUACUCCCCCGAGGAGGAGUACGAGGAGCGCUCCGACUCCGCGGACUCUCGCGUCCUGAACUCAUCCGCCUGAAGCCCAACGUGGUGACGUCAUCUGCUCCUCUAAUGUGGUGAAUGUAACAGACUGUGAUCGUCUCCUGUCUGCAUGUUUGUCAAAACUUUCAGUGCAUGUCAGCAGUAUGUGCCAAAUAAAUCCUCAGAGUAACAGAUUACAUUGUU